UGAACACCAAUCACAAUCAAAAGUGAACAAGUUAUCUCUAAAACUGUCUUUUUUUAACCCUUUGUUGCUCAUUCUGCUCAGCUGUUACAUCUACUAGCUUGCUAUGUAACCCUAUAUAUGUUAAUUGUAUAGUGUGCAGUAGCAGUAAGUAGUGGUUGCUUGCUGCUGGUGGAGGAGGAGGAGGAGGAGGAGGAGGAGGAUCACUUUCUCCUGCUCCUGUGAGGACCUGCUGCUGCUGCUGCUGGUCUCUUCAUGCUAUGGCGUCCGUGUACAGCGGAUCCCACACCUUAGACAAGGAUGAUGUGAACUACAGGAUGCAUUUCCGAAUGAUAAACGAGCAGCAGGUUGAAGACAUCACCAUCGAGUUCUUCUACCGGCCGCACACCAUCACGCUGCUGACAUGCACGGUGCUCAGUCUGAUGUAUUUCGCCUUCACAAGAGAUGAUGGGAACCCAGACAGUAAUCUCUGGGUGGGGCUCAUCCUGGUCAUUUCCUUCUUCCUUGUCAUCAGUGUUUUGGCAUUUCCUAACGGUCCUUUCACCAGACCACAUCCAGCAAUAUGGCGAAUAGUCUUUGGUCUGAGUGUCCUCUACUUCCUGUUCCUGGUUUUAAUCAUCUUCCUCAACUGGCGGCAGGUGAAGCAGCUAAUGUAUUGGUUGGACUCCAACCUGCGUUAUGCCAAAAGAGAGGCGGACGUAAUGGACUAUGCGGUGAACUGCCAUGUCAUCACCUGGGAGAGGAUCGUGAGCCAUUUUGACAUUUUUGCAUUCAGCCAUUUCUGGGGCUGGGGUAUGAAGGCCCUGCUCAUUCGAAGCUACGGCCUCUGCUGGACCAUCAGUAUUACCUGGGAGCUUACGGAGCUCUUCUUCAUGCAUCUGCUGCCUAACUUUGCUGAGUGCUGGUGGGACCAGGUGAUUCUGGACAUUCUGCUGUGUAAUGGAGGAGGCAUCUGGCUCGGCAUGACUGUCUGCCGCUUUUUGGAGAUGAGGACCUACCACUGGGCCAGUAUUAAAGACAUCCACUCCACCACAGGGAAGAUCAAGCGAGCCGCGUUACAGUUCACCCCUGCGAGCUGGACCUACGUACGCUGGCUUGACCCGAAGUCCUCCCUGCAGCGAGUGAUGGGCGUCUAUCUGUUCAUGAUCAUCUGGCAGCUAACAGAGUUGAACACAUUCUUCCUCAAGCACAUUUUCAUCUUUCCUGCAAGCCAUGCUCUUAGCUGGUGUCGGAUCCUGUUCGUUGGUAUCAUCACGGCUCCAACAGUGAGGCAGUAUUAUGCGUACCUUACAGACACACAGUGCAAGAGAGUUGGGACCCAGUGCUGGGUGUUUGGGGCAAUAGCCUUCCUGGAGGCCUUGGCGUGUAUUAAGUUUGGACAGGACCUGUUCUCAAAAACACAGAUCCUCUAUGUGAUCCUCUGGCUGCUGUGUUUGGCCUUCAUUACAUUCCUGUGCCUGUUUGGAAUGGUGUGGUACGCUGAAAAUUAUGGUCCAAGACAAAAGAGCCUCUCAGAGUGUGAAGACAGUUAUUACGCUGAAUAUGCCGACAAUGAAGAAGUAUUUAAAGAGGAGACAGACGAAGAUGACGACAGCCCUACGCCCAGACGUAGAGGGAAGGACUCCGGAAAGACAGAAUCCAUCAACGGCCUGGACAGCCAGUAGGAGUUGGAGCCAGAAGCUGGUGUGCGACUCCUGAACUCACUCCAAGGGAGCCAGGUGUGAAGGAUCACAGGUUGAGAAGGGGGGUAAAGAUGCAACCACUUCCUGGUGUAAUUAAAGUCUAGAAAGCCCCCACCUACAGUAGAGGGAGUGGAGACAGGAGAGGCUAAGCGGAUCAACAGGCCCAUGCAGUGUUAUUAGGAGUGCACAGAGGCUUGGACUACAGAGGUGCACACUUAACUGUGUGCUGUAGUCAUAAAAAAAACACUCCUAAACCACUGAUCACAGGUUUCUGUGAAAGAAAGACAGCUUAGUAUUUUGUGUGUGAGAGAGAAAGAAAGAAGUGGCAAUAAAAACUGCCGAUUGUAGAUGUGACUGCAUGAUCAUUGUAGCUGAUAAACUAUAAUUUACAAACAUUUAUUCUACGAUACAGUAUAUCAUUGAUGGUCAAUGUGCAUUUGACUGGUUUUACACCAGCCUUAACUCCAGUAUGUUGGUUCGACACAUUUAAACGUUAAAAAGCCAUUAUGUAGAAUUUAUCACAGCCUCUAUGUUUAUAGCACAGAAAGGCUAAUGUCCUUUUAUUAGUCAUCUAUUGUCUAUUUACAUCCUAGAUGUUCACACCUGUUUCGUGUUUAUAACUUGAAUGUGGGCAGGAUUUCAAUGCAAGACGGCUUUAGCUUGGUUAGGAUCAUUGACUGAGGAUUGUGUUUGACCCUGGAACAAAGCAAAGCACAGUUUAAGCACUUUUCAGAAUGUUUUCUUGCAACUACUGUACAUUUUGUAAUGCUUGAGUAUUUUUGUGAAUCUUCGUGACCUUGAGUGAUUUUACUCUCCCUAUCCAUCUGUGGCUGCUAUCAUUUUUUUUUUUUUACUUUACUGAUAUCGGAGGGCAUUCCUGCAUGUAUUGUCAGGCUCUACCUGUCUGAGUGCAGGCGUGGCUUUGUUUCACUGUCGACCUUCUUGUUACGGCAUAUAUUGCAUUUGCAUGGCUGUGUCAAAUCAAGUGUUUCAGUAGGAAAAUGUUACAAGAAUAGUCAACGGAUCUUUGUAUAACACCACACGCCAGAGCGCCAGUAUUGUUAUUUUUAUGUCUUUCACUGUCAUCGUAUUAUUUUAAUUCACCCCUUGUGCCUGUUUGCAUGCUCUCUUUUUUUUAUUCCCAACUUUUCUCAGUUUGUAUUAUGACAAAAUUUUGGCUUUUCGUGUUUUUGAUUCUUCUGCUCUCGAGUGCUUUCUUGAAUGUUUAUUUUCAUUCGCUCUAUCGGCAUCAUCUCAGUACAGAUAUAUAUCCCUCAUAAUCCUCGACAAUCCAGACGUUGACCUCUGUGGAAUGGACCAGGCUCCUGUGCUGCAGUAGACACUAUAAAUGGUACAUUGUCUCUGGAUUUAGAUGUCAUUUGCCAAAAACAAUUCCGAUGAAAAUGGCUGUUCUUUUUCACUGUGAAGUAAUGAAACAUAAUAAAAUGUUUUGCAUUUCCUCUUAAA